GUUAAUGAAGGUGUUAAAUGUGUUAUUCCUGAACGUAUAAUAAGUAUAGAGUCCACAAGUACAUUUUUUGAUCUUUUCGAUUUAACCAUGAUGGGACAAUAUGAUAAUAGAGAGGUGAAAGUUUCUAUUAGCCGAGAAAACUCUGAAGGUUGGAAAGAAGUAGACAAGGGGUUAGAUAGUGACUUGAAAAUAUUAGAAGCUUUAGGUUUUAUGCAGUUGAAAUUUUGUCUUGUUUCUGAUACAAAUUUAGAUACAACAGUUUCAACUCAAAACAGGCCAGAUGCUUUUGACAUUUUAAUGAAAAAUUCAAGACAACUUUUACUUCCACAACGUUGUACUGAACAUAAUAAUUACCAUCGGCUUUAUAAUGAAAUUAUUGAGCUUUUUGAAGCUCAAAAGGUCGGAUGGACUUGCGGCUCUCAUGAAACACUAGGAAAAGAAUUUGUAAAUCAUCUUACAAGUGCUCUUUGGUAUAUUGACCCACAUAUUUCAACAUUACAUGCACGUUUAUAUCAUUUACCAGUUCUUUUUACACAGUUAAAAACGUAUCAGAAUGGAAAUAACAGUAUGAUGUACCAAGUUAGUGCCUGUGAACCUCAUCAACUUAAGGACGAAUAUACUCAAUUAGAUGAUCUUCUAUCUGAAAAAUCAUUUUAUGAGCAUGUUGAAAUUCAACAGUAUCUUCCAAACGAUGCUAUAGACUGA